AUGGACUCCUUCAAAACGCUCCAGGACGAGAUCUCGAAAGCCUUAGUAUCAACAACGCGCUCGGCUUCACACAUUGGAGCUGCGGAUAUAGACUUCCAACGAUCGCUGAACCCGCAAAUCGGCACCCAGCUAGACGCCCAGAAUGCGCGCCUCCUUCACCUCGCGCAGCGCCUUCUCGAGAAUGCUGCAGCGAGCUCGGACGCUGUAGGUCCCAAGUUACCCGACGUCGAAGCCAUAGACGCCAGUUGGAGGGGGGUUGUUGAUGUCAUCGACAGCUUGCUUGAGAAGGCGGAUACCAGUCUCGACGAGUACACUGGAGUUGUGAAGCGCUUGAGUCCAGGUGCAGAGCAGGUACUGGACCCAGAAGGACGCAGGGAGAGGCGAUUGUUGACAUUUGCACAGACCGCUACAAAGGCGCGCCCCAACAUCGCUGAGAAGAAGCACAUUGCGAAACCCCAGCUUCUUUUCGAGCAUGUGCCAGCCAACCACCAAACUGGCGGCUUCCGUCCCUUGAUGAGCACGAAACCACACGCCCAGGUGCCCCUAGAGCAAUGUUUGAAGACGUUCCAAGACAGCAGAGGCAGAGAACAAUACCCGCAUCCCUACGAGACUGAGAUCAACUCCUACGACUACCCUCCAUCCGUAUACGAAAUCUCCGAGCCAACGCCAUACCAGCCUUUCGAUUCCACCACUGCCACAUACGUAGAUACCCCGGAAGCCGUCGCUGAGAUGCUGGCAGAGCUGAAGACGGCAAAGGAAAUUGCUGUAGAUUUGGAACAUCACGACAACCGCUCUUACAUCGGAAUGGUGUCUUUAAUGCAGAUCAGCACGCGGGACAAGGACUGGAUAGUUGACACACUCAAGCCAUGGCGACGGAAGCUAGAGUGUCUGAACGAAGUCUUCGCGGAUCCGAACAUCCUCAAGGUCUUGCAUGGAGCCUACAUGGACAUCAUGUGGCUACAGCGGGAUCUCGGCCUCUAUAUUGUUGGUCUGUUCGACACCCAUCAUGCCGCCCGGUCUUUGGGAUAUCCUGGAGGAAGUCUCGCAUAUUUGCUGGAGAGGCACGUACAGUUCAAGGCCCAGAAGCAGUAUCAACUAGCAGAUUGGCGCAUACGGCCGCUUGGCAAAGAGCUCUUCGAAUACGCUCGAGCUGAUACCCACUUCCUGCUGUACAUCUUCGACAACAUGAGAAACGAACUCGUGGAGAGGUCCGACUUCUCAGACCCGGAGAAGAACAAAGUGCAGGAUGUGCUCAUUAAGUCGAAGGAAGUUGCCCUGCAGCGCUAUGAGCACCCUGUCUACGAUGCCAAACUAGGGCUGGGGUCUGCGGGUUGGCACAAGCUCAUCAUGCGGACACCUGUACAGUUUACCCCUCAGCAAUUCUCAGUCUUCCGAGCAGUCCACCAGUGGCGAGACAGUCUCAGUCGAAAGGAGGACGAGAGUCCGCUGUUUAUCAUGCCAAAUCACGCUGUGUUUUCUGUAGCACGAGCCAUGCCUGUAGACAAGGCGGCGCUUUUCAACGCGAUACAGCAUGUCUCGCACAUCAUUCGAGGCAAGGCAGAUGAGCUCGUUAGUGUCAUUACAGAAGCCAAGGCAAGCGGAGUGACUGGACCAGAGCUGAAUGAUGUCCUCAAGACGAUCGAGGACAUGAAGGAAGCACGAUAUGCCCAAUUUGAAACCCCAAAGAAGACCGCAGCGCCACCUGUUGCACCGAGCCCUCAGCAAGCUCCGUUGCUAGGCACUGUACCCAUCGCGACUCCAGCGGUCCGUGCUCCUGCUUCCAAGUUCUGGGGCAAGCUCUGGACAUCAACUCCGACUAGUCAGGAGCGGUCUUUAUCGGCUCUGAGCGUGGACCUUGCAUUGCCUUUACCGCCUCUUACGGCGGAAAUCUUCGCCGACACCAAUGAAGUCUCGACCACUCCUCAAGUCGAGAAGCCGAAACACACCUUCGUUCCCAAGGAAGACAGGCCACAGGAGGACGAGCGGUCGGAUCUCUUCAUUGUCAAACAAUUGGGUGGUAAAAAGCGAAAGCGCACCGAAGCACUGGAAGAAGCUUCCCCCUCAAAACCAGCAUUGGACCCCAUGCACGACGACGAAAUCAUGAUCGACCAGGAGGAAUCUGAAGAAGAUAUGCGCGCCCGCGAAAAGGCAGCAAAGAAAGCUCUCAAAAAGCAGAAGAAGCGAGAUCUUGCCGCCCAGGCCGCAAACCCCAAUCCAGACGAGGCAGUAUUUGAUUAUGCAAACGCACCUUCGAUUCUCCACGCCAACGAGGAGAAAAAGAAGGGCAAGAAGGAUAAGAAGGAAAAGAAGAAGAAGAAUCCGCAGUUCGCACCCUUCUCGGGCAUGACGGACGCACCCAAGAGUCUCCCGCGAGCUCAAAAGGAGAAGGCAGGACGCAGUCGGACUUUCCAGUCAUGA